GCCGAGGUUCUAAAAUUUGGACGGUAGAAUGCAAUGCAUAAAAUAACGAUCUUUCUUUACUGCGUAUAUUUAACUUUGCAUUUUGCACUCAACUUUUAAAUGAGUCCAUUACUAAUUUAGUUUUCCUAAUGCAUAUUCAUUAACGAGUCUUUUUACAGCUACAGACAUAUGUACCUAGCUUGCACGGCACAUCACAAACAGUUAAAAGUUAAUGACUUUAUCGUAUUCCUGACUAAGGAAUAACCAUACAGACAAUUUUGUCGGAAUAAUUGCUGACAAAUUUUCGAAAAAUGUCAACAACAUCUUCUCCGCAGUAUGACUGGAACCCUUUGGAAGUCGUGGAAAGUGCUGUGGUCGCAGGACAAGUUCCUCGCUCGAAAUACGGGUGUGAUCUCAAAUAUGCCAUCAUCCUCCUCAACCAACAAGUCCUGAAUGAAGAGUUGUUCCUGAGUUUGUGGAAUGAAGCCUCGUUGCGAAUGCUCGUCGACGGUGGGGGCAACCACUGGAAAUUCCUGUCGCGAAAGUUCCCCGAUCUUGUCCAAUUCCCUCACGUCGUCUGUGGAAAUUUUGACUCGAUAAGGCGAGACACGUUGGAAAUGUUGCGUCGACGGGGUGGACCAGGUUCAGAAUUGGGUGAUGGAGACGAAGAUGUCGUAGAAAUCGUCCACUUCCAUCACGAGGAGAAGUCGUCAUCCGAAUCUGACUUUAUGCAGGCCGUUAAUCUACCGAUUUUCGGGGAACGCUUGAGCUCCUUGCAGAUUCCGAGGGUUUUGGCCUACUGUGAAACAUCGGGUCGUUUCGGACAGAUUAUGGCAAAUGUGGAAACUUUGUACAAGUUUGGGAAGAAGGAGCCACAAUUAUUUUUGAUUAGCUCGUCCUCGAUAACGUUCCUCCUGCCAGCGGGGAGGCAUAAGAUCAAGUGUGGGGAGAGAGGCCAUGAGUUUCUUAAGAUCAGUCACUGUGCCCUUCUCCCCAUCGGAACUGAGUGCACCGUGUCCACGGAAGGUCUCGUCAACGAUCUGAAAAACGAAACGUUAUCCUUCGGGAAGGCCGUUCUCACAAAUGCAACUGUCGUUGGGAUUGGUAGUAAGGAAGCAGAUCAGAAACGGUCGAACGAUCACGAUAAAAGUCAUGCGGCAGAACAUGACCAAUAUGUCAUUGUUCUCGUCACUAAUUCACACCCAGUGUUGUGGGAUAUGGAAUUUGAAUUUGAUAACCAGUUAAAAAAUGUAUGGUAAAUAAAUCUUGAUUUUAAGUAGUUGUUUAAAUAAAAAUAAUUUUAUGCAAGUAAGCACGAUUCAUAAUUCAGA